UCAUUAUUUUAUUGCUCAAAAUUAAGUAACUUAGCACUAGGAUAAUGAUAAUAGCUAGUUACUCAAGCCUGAAACCAGGUAGUCAUCUUAGACUGCUCCCUUUCUUUCACUGCUUACUAUUAAAAAGUUAUCAAAUUCUACUAAUUUUACUUCUUAAAUAUCUUUUACAUUUGACGCCUCCUCUUCACUCCACUGUCCGUGUCAUAGCUCAGGUCCUCAUGUCUCACCCAGGCUAUUAAAACUGCCUCGCUACUCUGGUCUCUUAAGCCUAAACCAUUCUUCAUACUACAAGUUUUCUUCUGAACUCGAUCGUGUAAUCCUUCCUGCUCAAAAUUCUUCAGGAUCUCUGUCCACAAAGUCAAAAAUCCAGACACUUUUCCGAGGCCUUUCUAUAAUACUUGCUCUUUCUCUCUCUUUUUUUUUUGAGACGGAGUCUCACUCUGUGGCCCAGGCUGGAAUGCAAAAUGGGGCGAUCUCGGCUCACUGCGACGUCUGCCUCCCCGGGGGUUCAGGCGAUUCUCCUGGCUCAGCCUCCCGAGUCGCUGGGACUACAGGCGUGUGCCACGUGCCUGGCUAAUUUUGUAUGUUUACUGGAGACAGGGUUUCGUCAUGUUGGCCAGGCUAGUCUCAAACUCUUGAUCCCAAGUGAUCCGCCCUCCCUGGCCUCCCAAAGUGCUGGGAUUACCAGAGUGAGCCACCGCGCCCGGCUAAUACUUGCUCUUGAAAUCUCUAGUGUCAUCUCUUGCCAUUUUCCCCACUUAAUCCUCACACAGAACGCUUCUUGGACUUAGUUGUACUAAUCUCUCAAACAACUCCAAUGCCUUUGCUCGCCUUCCGUCAGCCAGCAAAACUCUUUCCCCAUUCCCUCUCCCUCUCCCCCUUCUCCCCGCUCUCCCCUCUCUCCCGUCUCUCCCCUCUCUCCCCUCUUUCCCUACUCUCCCCCGUUUCCUCCCUCUGCCUCCUUUCUCUCCUCUCUCUCUCUUUGAGACAGAAUCUGGCUCUGUUGCCCAGACUGGAGCCAGUGGCAGGAUUAUUAGCUCACUGCAGCCUCUAUCUCCAAGACUCAAGCGAUCUUCCCGCCUCAGCCUUUUAAGUAGCUGGGGACACAGGUGCGCGCCACCACACCCGGCUAUUUUAGGAGAGGCGGGGUCUUACUACGUUGCCCAGACUGGUCUUGAACUCCUUCCUGGGCUCAAGCAGUCCUCCCGCCUUGGCCUCCCAAAGUGUUGGGAUUACAGGUGUGAGCCACCGGCCCACCUAGCCAACUCUCCAUUCACUCAUUCUUAUGUGAAGCAGUAACAGAACCAUACCACAUCUGUGGAGCUUCUCCUGACUCCCGAAGCCACCCUAAGAGCCACUUUGCCUACGUCCUUAUCAUAGGAAUUACCCUAAAUGAUUAUACGACAUUGUGAUUGUUUGCCCAUCUGUUUCCUUCCUAAGAUUGUGACCUCUUGGAAGGCAGAAAUGGAUUUUUCACUGUCAGCUUCAGUCUGUCAUAGCGCCUGACAGUUUCCCUAGCAUUCUUUGACAAUAGCAGAAGCCUAAAGAACUUCCACUCCAAGGAAAUACAGAAUCCGGGAAAGAAUUGUUCCUAGCGAUUAGGGAAAUCUCGCGAGAUUCAGGUCCUGGGAGCCUGGCAAGCCUACGCAGCGACGGUUAUUUAGCCGUUGAACUGCCAGCCACCCGGGGCCCACGCGCUCCGGGGCGCUCAGGCUGAGCGAUUUCCCGCCUUUUCUGAGGUUCUGAGGCGGGAGCUAUUGGUUCUUUCUGUUGCCCUCAUAGACCGUAUGUAGCAGUUCGCGUGGGCACAGAGCCCAUGGUUUCCCGCUAGUUCUUCAAAGAUAUUUACAACCGUAACAGAGAAAAUGGAAAAGCAAAAGCCCUUUGCAUUGUUCGUACCACCGAGAUUAAGCAGCAGUCAGGUGUCUGCGGUGAAACCUCAGACCCUGGGAGGAGAUUCCACUUUCUUCAAGAGUUUCAACAAAUGUACUGAAGAUGAUUUUGAGUUUCCAUUUGCAAAGACUAAUCUCUCCAAAAAUGGGGAAAACAUUGAUUCAGAUCCUGCUUUACAAAAAGUUAAUUUCUUGCCCAUGCUUGAGCAGGUUGGUAAUUCUGACUGUCACUAUCAGGAAGGACUAAGAGACUCUGAUUUGGAGAAUUCAGAGGGAUUGAGCAGAGUGUAUUCAAAACUGUUUAAGGAGGCUGAAAAGAUAAAAAAAUGGAAAGUAAGUACAGAAGCUGAACUGAGACAGAAAGAAAGUAAGUUACAAGAAAACAGAAAGAUAAUUGAAGCACAGCGAAAAGCCAUUCAGGAACUGCAGUUUGGAAAUGAAAAAGUAAGUUUGAAAUUAGAAGAAGGAAUUCAAGAAAAUAAAGAUUUAAUAAAAGAGAAUAAUGCCACAAGGCAUUUAUGUAAUCUACUCAAAGAAACCUGUGCUAGAUCUGCAGAAAAGACAAAGAAAUAUGAAUAUGAACGGGAAGAAACCAGGCAAGUUUAUAUGGAUCUAAAUAAUAACAUUGAGAAAAUGAUAACAGCUUUCGAGGAACUUCGUGUGCAAGCUGAGAAUUCCAGACUGGAAAUGCAUUUUAAGUUAAAGGAAGAUUAUGAAAAAAUCCAACACCUUGAACAAGAAUACAAGAAGGAAAUAAAUGACAAGGAAAAGCAGGUAUCACUACUAUUGAUCCAAAUCACUGAGAAAGAAAAUAAAAUGAAAGAUUUAACAUUUCUGCUAGAGGAAUCCAGAGAUAAAGUUAAUCAAUUAGAGGAAAAGACAAAAUUACAGAGUGAAAACUUAAAACAAUCAAUUGAGAAGCAGCAUCAUUUGACUAAAGAACUAGAAGAUAUUAAAGUGUCAUUACAAAGAAGUGUGGGUACUCAAAAGGCUUUAGAGGAAGAUUUACAGAUAGCAACAAAAACAAUUUGUCAGCUAACUGAAGAAAAAGAAGCUCAAAUGGAAGAAUCUAAUAAAGCUAGAGCUGCUCAUUCGUUUGUGGUUACUGAAUUUGAAACUACUGUCUGCAGCUUGAAAGAAUUAUUGAGAACAGAACAGCAAAGAUUGGAAAAAAAUGAAGAUCGGUUGAAAAUACUUACCAUGGAGCUUCAAAAGAAAUCAAGUGAACUGGAAGAGAUGACUAAGCUUACAAAUAACAAAGAAGUAGAACUUGAAGAAUUGAAAAAAGUCUUGGGAGAAAAGGAAAAGCUUUUAUAUGAAAAUAAACAAUUUGAGAAGAUUGCUGAAGAAUUAAAAGGAACAGAACAAGAACUAAUUGGUCUUCUCCAAGCCAGAGAGAAAGAAGUACAUGAUUUGGAAAUACAGUUAACUGCCGUUACCACAAGUGAACAGUAUUAUUCAAAAGAGGUUAAAGAUCUGAAAACUCAGCUUGAAAAUGAGAAGCUUAAGAAUACUGAAUUAACUUCACACUGCAACAAGCUUUCACUAGAAAACAAAGAGCUCACACAGGAAACAAGUGAUAUGACCCUAGAACUCAAGAAUCAGCAAGAAGAUAUUAAUAAUAACAAAAAGCAAGAAGAAAGGAUGUUGAAACAAAUAGAAAAUCUGGAAGAAACAGAAACCCAAUUAAGAAAUGAACUGGAAUAUGUGAGAGAAGAGCUAAAACAGAAAAGAGAUGAAGUUAAAUGUAAAUUGGACAAGAGUGAAGAAAAUUGUAACAAUUUAAGGAAACAAGUUGAAAAUAAAAACAAGUAUAUUGAAGAACUUCAGCAGGAGAAUAAGGCCUUGAAAAAAAAAGGUACAGCAGAAAGCAAGCAACUGAAUGUUUAUGAGAUAAAGGUCAAUAAAUUAGAGUUAGAACUAGAAAGUGCCAAACAGAAAUGUGGAGAAAUCACGGACACUUAUCAGAAAGAAAUUGAGGACAAAAAGAUAUCAGAAGAAAAUCUUUUGGAAGAGGUUGAGAAAGCAAAAGUAAUAGCUGAUGAAGCAGUAAAAUUACAGAAAGAAAUUGAUAAACGAUGUCAACAUAAAAUAGCUGAAAUGGUAGCACUUAUGGAAAAACAUAAGCACCAAUAUGAUAAGAUCAUUGAAGAAAGAGACUCAGAAUUAGGACUUUAUAAGAGCAAAGAACAAGAACAGUCAUCACUGAGAGCAUCUUUGGAGAUUGAACUAUCCAAUCUCAAAACUGAACUUUUGUCUGUUAAGAAGCAACUUGAAAUAGAAAGAGAAGAGAAGGAAAAACUCAAAAGAGAGGCAAAAGAAAACACAGCUACUCUUAAAGAAAAAAAGGACAAGAAAACACAGACAUCUUUAUUGGAAACACCUGAAAUUUAUUGGAAAUUUGAUUCUAAAGCAGUGCCUUCACAAACUAUAUCUCGAAAUUUCACAUCAGUUGAUCAUGGCAUAUCCAAAGAUAAAAGAGACUAUCUGUGGACAUCUGCCAAAAAUACUUUAUCUACACCAUUACCAAAGGCAUAUACAGUGAAGACACCAACAAAACCAAAACUACAGCAAAGAGAAAACUUGAAUAUACUCAUUGAAGAAAGUAAUAAAAAGAGAAAAAUGGCCUUUGAAUUUGAUAUUAAUUCAGAUAGUUCAGAAACUACUGAUCUUUUGAGCAUUGUUUCAGAAGAAGAGACAUCGAAAACACUAUAUAGGAACAAUAAUCCACCAGCUUCUCAUCUUUGUGUCAAAACACCAAAAAAGGCCCCUUCAUCUCUAACAACCCCUGGAUCUACACUGAAGUUUGGAGCUAUAAGAAAAAUGCGGGAGGACCGUUGGGCUGUAAUUGCUAAAAUGGAUAGGAAAAAAAAACUAAAAGAAGCUGAAAAGUUAUUUGUUUAAUUUCAGAGAAUCAGUGUAGUUAAGGAGCCUAAUAACAUGAAACUUAUAGUUAAUGUUUUGUUUUUAUUUGCCAGAGCCAAAUUUUAUCUGGAAGUUGAGACUUUUAAAAAAUACUUGCAUGAAUGAUUUGUGUUUCUUUAUAUUUUUAGCCUAAAUGUUAACUACAUAUUGUCUGGAAACCUGUCAUUAUAUUCAGAUAAUUAGAUGAUUACAUAUUGUUGUUACUUUUUCUUGUAUUCAUGAAAACUGUUUUUACUAAGUUUUCAAAUUUGUAAAGCUAGCCUUUGAAUGCAGGAAUGCAUUAUUGCGGGUCAUUCUUUAUUCUUUACUAUUAAAAUAUUUUGGAUGCAAAUAA